CCGUUUUGGUCUCACGCGUCUGGUGGGUGGUGCAUGUCAACACUAACAACAUCAUCUAUACCUCGAGCAAUCCUGGGGAGCAGCCACAAUUGCCUUCAACCAUGUCGGAAUCCGCGCGCAAGAAACAGCGCACGAGUCCGCGUACUUCGGACAUAACAGAUACCAACCCUUCCACCAUCUACAAUGACCUUCACCGAUUGGCAGCAAUCGCAGCGAAACCCGUCACUCCUUAUCGUCGUGCUGCCAGCGCUGGAGCAGCAACUCCAGGAAGCCGAACUGUAAGGACUCCAGGUACAGCCCGCACGCCACGAGGUGGACCAGCUACACGACCGAUUCCAAGCAGAAGAGCAGCGCCUACAACCCCCCAUGCGAUUCGAGCUCUCCGCGAGCGCAAAAAUGCCGCCAGAACUCCGGGAAAUGCGCGGAGACGUAGUGGGAGGAUGCAACGGGAAACCCCGCGAGACAUUCUACGAGAUCUAAGUAGAGUGCUGGCGCGCGAUAAACCACCAUCUCCAGUAGUUCCAGCAAGGCCCUCGCGAAAUUCCGCUCUCGAUCUCCCAGAAAUAGACGAUGGGCCUGAACCGGCCGCACCCCGCCUUUCUAUGCCCCUCGGGGAUAUGUACGACGAUGAUGAUAGUAUUCAUGCAGCCCCCCCACGCCAAUCGCUUCUCCCACAUCUCCCAGACGAUGUAGACAAUGGCACAUUACAGUCGUUGGAGUUCGGACGGCGAGCGCUUAGCGAGGACCCUCGGAUGAUGUACACAGGCAGGGUCAGCGAGCGAUUUGGGGAUCUGAGCGAAUUGGGCAUGGAUGGGGAGGAAGUCGAGGUGGAUGGUAUUUUUGUCAAUCGGAGGCGCACCAUCAAUCCUGAAGAUAUGCUCGAUGAGGUUCCGGAAGAAGACAUGGAUGAUACCACGGCGCAGAUGUUGACGGGGCGACGAGGUGGCCGUCCGAGUGAUGUGGACUUGGGCAUCUUUGGGGAGGAGGAUGAUGAAACUGAAGAGCCCACGUUUCGCUUCACCAUCCCACCUCGAAUGCAAGCUCCAGCUCCGAGGACCGACGACGACACUGGCAACGGGAAUAUCCUGGACCAAACCAUCAUGGAGGAAGACGAGGAUGCGGAUGAAGACGCGGAACAGCAAAUCUUCGCAGGCGCCGAAACGGAGCAAGACGAAGCCACCGCAAUGAUUGUUGACGAUGACGACCCUACCAACAUGCAACAACUAGAUUGGGAGUCCGACCCAGGCCCAGACGAAGACGCAGACCUCCAAGCCUAUCGUGAAGAAAUCUCGGCCAUUGACCGCAGUCUGCAAACGCAGUCGCCGGAACGCCCACUCGAGGCGCGCAAACGCGCUGGCCGUCAACUCAAAGUCCUCAAUGUGUCCCGCUUUGGGCACGAAUACCCUUCUGUACCGGCCGCGACGGUGAAGACGCUCGCGACUGGAUUUGCAGCGUCGCAGGGGAGCAAGGCCAAGAUUAGCAAGGACACGCUCGAGGCGCUGGUGCAGACGUCUGAUUUCUUCUUCGAGCAGAUUGGAGAGGAUCUAGCUGCGUACGCGCAACACGCUGGACGGAAAGCGAUUGAGGAAAGCGAUGUCAUCGCUUUGAUGAAGAGGACCCGCCAGAUCUCGGAUAGUAGUACAGUGUUUUCGCUGGCGCAGAAGUUGCUGCCCAGAGAGCUACUCCAGCAGCUUCGUAUGCCCCAGAAGCCCAAAUUGAAGGGUCCGAAGCGGAAGACGUAA